AGCCACUUUUUCUUUCCCACCACAAAAUCCACUUUGGGCCCGAAAAAAAAUGCCUCCCCCAAAGAGAAAGAGAAAUAAACAUAUGCAGCCCUCCCCAACAAGAAAAGCACAAAUCCUCACACCGAAAUCCAUUCCUCCUGGCUUCGCCUCAGUACCUCCCCUAGCUAGCUACUGGAGUACUAUCAAAAGAUGAACACUCACUCACCAAUAUAAAGCGGCGCACCACAUCAAGUUAACUUGCAGCUCCAGUGACACCCUCUAUAUCUGCACAUCUCAUUCCGGCCUCUCUUUCUUCCUCAGACAUCUGCUGCUGUAUGUCUGGUACUACUAGAUAGCUAGAUCAGCAGGUACGUCGUAUACUACCGUCGCUGCAGGCUGCAGCUAGCAUCGAUCAGAUCAGAUCGGCAGGAGCUAAUUAAGCUAGGUAGCUAUAGGUGGCGGGCGCGUGAUCAUGAGGGCCGGGGGUUGCACGGUGCAGCAGGCGCUGACGGCAGAGGCGGCGUCGGUGGUGAAGCAGGCGGUGAGCCUGGCGCGGCGGAGGGGGAACGCGCAGGUGACGCCGCUGCACGUGGCGAGCGCGAUGCUGGCGGCGCCGGCGGGUCUCCUCCGCGCGGCGUGCCUCCGGUCGCACUCCCACCCACUCCAGUGCAAGGCGCUCGAGCUCUGCUUCAACGUGGCCCUCAACCGCCUGCCGGCCUCCGCCUCGGCGGUCGCCUCCUCGCCGCUGCUGCUCGGCGGUCACGGCCACAGCCAUGGCCACCACUACUACCCGCCGUCGCUGUCGAACGCGCUCGUGGCGGCGUUCAAGCGUGCGCAGGCGCACCAGCGGCGCGGCUCCGUGGACACCCAGCAGCAGCCGGUGCUUGCGGUGAAGAUCGAGCUGGAGCAGCUGGUGGUGUCCAUCCUUGACGAUCCCAGCGUCAGCCGCGUCAUGCGGGAGGCCGGGUUCUCCAGCACGCAGAUCAAGGCCAACGUCGAGCAGACCGUGUGCAGCAGCACCGCGGCCACUAGCGCCCCUCCUCGCCAAAACCCUAACCCUAGCAGCAGCACGGCCACCACCACGAGCAAACCUCAAGAAACAACCAAAGCCAAACUCCCGCUACCCGGCCAGGCGCGUGACGAGGACGUCGCCGUUGUCCUGGACUGCUUGGCCAGCUCCGCCCGGAGCAAGAGGAGGGUCGUGGUCGUCGCCGAGAGCACGGAAUCGGCUGAGGCCACGGUGCGUGCGGUCGUGGACAAGGUCAAGAAGGCCGAUCAGUCUGACGCGCUGCCGCUGCGAGGCGCCCAGGUGGUCAGCCUCCGUGUGUCGUCGUUCCGGGACAUGCCGAGGGAGGAGGCAGAGCGACGGCUCUCCGAGCUGCGGUGCCUGGUUAAGAGCCGAGGGCAUGGCGGCCAUGUGCUGCUUGUCGUGGAGGACCUCAAGUGGGCGGCCGAGUUCUGGGCCGGGAGGAGACCGGGCUACUACUGCGCCGUCGAGCACGUGGUGACCGAGGUGCGCGCCCUGGCGUGCGGCGGUGGCGGCGAGCAGCACGCGCUGACCUGGCUCGUCGGGUUCGGGACCUACCAGACGUACACCAAGUGCAGAACGGGGCAGCCGUCGCUGGAGAGCCUGUGGGGGCUCCAGACGCUCACCGUCCCCGCCGGCUGCAGCCUCGCGCUCAGCCUCACUACCUGCCCCGCCGCCUUCGACGACAGUGCACUAGGCUCAGUCAAUCAGUCCAUGAAAGCAAGCUCCGACACGGAUGGGGUGCCUCGCUGGCCGCUUUCGGGCGGCGGCCAGCUGAUCUCCAGAUGCUGCGGCGACUGCUCCGCCGCGAGGACUGACACCAAAGCGGCAUUGCCGCCAUCCUUCUUGUCGUCGUCGAGCAUCCCUUCCUGGCUCCAGCAUUGCCGUGACCAGGAGCCUACACACCUCAUGGAUCUUGGCAGGAACUGGGGCUCUAUCUGCGGCAAACCAUCUCAGCGGAUGACGCUGCACUUCUCAGCUCCGGUGUCGCCGGCCUCCUCCAUUUCCUCUUACGAGCAUGGCCACCAGCCUCGCCAUUCGUGGCUCCUUGCUGACCUCGACUGCAAGCACCCAUGGAAGCCCAAGCGCGAGGCAGACGUCGAGAAGGUCUUGUCACACGACUCUGGCGCGUCCAAUGGGUCGGUGGAGGUGGAGUGCCGGUCCAGGUUCAAGGAGCUCAAUGCCGAGAACCUCAAGGUCCUCUGCGUGGCGUUGGAGAAGGAGGUGCCGUGGCAGAAGGAGAUCGCCCCGGAGAUCGCAAGCACCGUUCUCCAGUGCCGGUCAGGGAUUUCCAAGAGGCGUGACAAGUCGAGGUCGACAGACGCCAAGGAGGAAACGUGGAUGUUUUUCCUCGGAGGCGACGUCGAUGGUAAGGAGAAAGUGGCGAGAGAGCUGGCUAACCUCGUCUUCGGGUCACACAAGAACUUCAUGUCCAUCAAACCGGCCGGAGCCUCCUCGCCGUCUGCCUCCUGCUCCACCGAGGAGCACAGGAGCAAGCGACCCCGGACAUCAGCGGCAGCGACCGGGGCAUGCCUAGAGCAGCUCUAUGAGGCCAUCAACGAGAACCCUCACCGUGUUAUUAUCCUGGAGGACAUCGAGCAGGCAGAUCAGUAUUCUCAGGUGGCCAUCAAGGAAGCCAUCGAUACCGGGGUGGUGCGGAGCCAAGCCAGCGACGAGGUCGGCUUGGGCGAUGCCAUCGUCAUCCUUUGCUGCGAGAGCUUCGAUGCCAAGUCUAGAACUUGCUCGCCGCCGAGUAAGCAAAUAAUGGCGGAGCCCAAGGAGGAGCACACGAGUGAUAAUGAACAUAAGGAAGUAGGCGCCUCCUCGUCUUCUGGAUUUGAUUUGAACCGCGACAUAGAGAGUGAGCAUGCGGAUCACGAGAGCAACCCCAGUGAUGUGUGCCUGCUCACGGCGGUGGACCGGACUCUGUUCUUCAGAACACAGGAGGACUUGUGAUCGUGCACAUCAAGAAUCCAUGUAUGUUCAUCAGGGGGGUGCUUCUGAUAAAAAAAAUAGUAACUAGAUUAACUACAUGUAUGAUUAGCUCUUUCCUUUUGUUUCUUCAAUUGUUCUUUUUUCUUUCUAGUUUGGUUUUUGGGAAAUCAAGGUAUUUGAGGAUUGGAUAAAUGGUACCCCGUAUUAUGGUAUGCGCUUCGCUAGUGACGAAAUGAAGCUCCUGUAAAUUUAUUGUGGUGGGCCGGCGAUAUGAAUGUAUUUUCACAUACUCUACGAUUUGGGUAAUGGAUAUAUGUAAGCCGUAUUCUCUACCUAA